CACUAAAGCUCAGAGAGACAGAGAGGGGAGGGGCCAGUGAGGGACAGACAGCAGUGGCCAGAUGGAGCCCUGUUUGUUUUGGAGUAGCUGACUGCUGCUGAGAGCGGGACGGCCUGUGAGUCGGCACUAGUGUGUAUGAGGGGGAGAAGCACAUCACACCCAGUCUGGGCAGCAGCGGGACGGCAAACCACUGUUUUCUGCUUAUGUGGACAGGUCUUCUGGUGUAGCUGUGCUGCUCAGUGUGGAGGCUCUCUAUGCGGCUCAAGGUCAGGAGGAUCCAGCAGCACCCUCAGGGAACCGUCCCAUCUGGAUUUUGGGACCCACAGAGGCUUGUGGACCUAACUUUCCCUGUUGUAGCACCCAGCCUCUGUAUGUGAACACCAUGGAGGGCUAUAGGACUCUGAAGAGGAUGUGAGGCCUGGACUUACUGUCAGUAUCUCCCACGACAGUGUCGGUUCUCCUUGCCUGAUCCUGUGUCGGAGCCGAGGGGAAUGGGCCCAGCCUCACUGCAGGAGGAGAGAGAGCUGGAGAAAGAGUCCAAGGAGGAGAUGGAGAGCUACCACUGCCUUCUGCAGGCUGGCUCUCAGCUCGAGAGCACUCUGCAGCAGGUGACUGUCCCUGUGAGCAUGAAGGAGGUGGGAGGCUACAUAGAGAAACAGGUGGCAUAUCUGUCAGGGGGCCGCGGGGAAGACUCCAGCGUCAUCAUCACCCUCCCCGAAUGCUCAGCUUUCAGUGACAUUCCAGAGGAAGCUUUAGCCAAAGUCUUUACAUACCUCACUCUCAUCCCUCGAACGAGGCAACCUGGAGUCAAAUUUAUCAUCAUCUUAGACCGAAGACUGGAUACAUGGGCGUCUAUCAAAACUGCACUUGCCAGAAUAGCAGCUUCCUUUCCUGGGAACCUCCACCUGGUCUUGGUGCUCCGACCCACCAGCUUCUUCCACCGCACUGUUACUGACAUUGGCUUUCGCUUCAGCCAAGAGGACUUCAUGCUCAAGAUGCCAGUGGUGAUGCUGAGCUCUGUCACAGACCUGCUGCGCUACAUCAAUGAGAACCAGCUGACGUCAGAGUUUGGAGGCACUUUGGACUAUUGUCAUAGUGACUGGAUUGUUUUACGAACGGCUAUUGAAAGUUUUGCUGUAACAGUCAAAGACAUAGCACAGAUGCUGCAGGGCUUUGGCACUGAGCUGGCAGAGACAGAGCUGCCUGAUGAGGGGAAGGCCAUUGAGAGACUUCUCGAAUCUCAAACUGACAAGUACAGGAAACUAAAGGAUGCAAUCAGGUCAGUGUCAAAGGAGGGUCGUCAUCUUCUCUCCAGCCUGGAGACUUCUGAGAAGGAGGAUGACUCCCAGUGGGAUGUGAAGCUGGACUGGGAGACAGUACAGAGGCUCCUUGCCCAACUCAGAGACAUGGAGUCAGCCUUUGAUGGCUUCUUUGAGAAGCAUCAUCUGAAACUCCACCAGUACCUGCAGUUGCUCAGAUAUGAACAUAGCUUCCAGGAGAUGGAGUUGUGUCUGGAGCAUCUGAUGGCUCAGGAGAGGGAGCUGUCUGUAUCUGUAGACACUCUGGCUCAGACAGAGCAGGCUCUCAAAAGACUGGACAGUCUGGAAUCUAAUGCACAGGAGGUGGUGGCUCGGGCUCAGAUCAUCAUCCUUCACGGACACCAGCUAUCAGCCAGCCACCACUACGCCAUGGCUCUCAUUAUGCAGCGCUGCAACGAGCUUCGCCACUACUGUGAUACACUCAAUGCUGCUCUCAAGACCAAACACUCUCGUCUUCUGCACACGCACCAGCUACUGCUUUGUCUUGGGCAGGCACAAACUUGGUGUGACAAUGGAGCGUAUCUGCUGGCUAAUCAGCUGGUGGAAAAAUCCCAGUCUAAGGAGGGGGCUCAGGCUGCCUUAAAGGACAUUGAGAAGCUCCUGGAGGGGAUGCCGUCUCUGCUGAGUUCAGGGCCUGACAUCUUGGCCAUUGAAUACGAGGCUGUCCUCACACCUCAGCUGCAGGUCCAGAUUGGGAAAACAUUUGAGAAGCAUGCAGCAGUGCAGCAGAUGAUCCAGAACCGACAGACUUCCCUGAGGAAGCUGGCCGAUAAACACAUUCGACCGAUCCAACUGGUGGCCCCAAGGCCUGAAAACCCGCCACGCUCCAAGUCCCCGCUCUUCUCCCCCAAGCACGGUGAUGGUUUGAAGUUCACAUUCGACCUCUCUCUGCCCGGGAAGAGAGCAUCCCGUAAAAGCCCCAACUCUCGAAAAAUAGAGGUGAUUCACGACUACCAGGAGAGCCGGAGCUGUGUGGCGUACAGUCUGGAGGGAGAGGACAGCCCAGAUCUCUUGAAGCGCCACGUGAUGAGGGAACUCAUAGAGACUGAGAGAAUCUAUGUGGAAGAGCUGCUGUCGGUGCUGCUGGGCUACAGGGCGGAGAUGGAUAACCCAGCUCUGUCAGGGCUCCUGCCCCCAAUCCUGCGCAGCAAGAGAGACAUCCUCUUUGGAAACAUGCCGGAGAUCUACAAUUUUCACAGCAGGGUCUUCCUUCAGGACCUGGAGGGAUGCUUGGAGGCUCCUGAAGGUGUGGGCGCUUGUUUCCUGGAGCGGAAAGAGAGUUUUCAAAUGUAUGAAUGCUACUGUCAGAAUAAGCCACGCUCUGAGGCACUGUGGAGGCAAUUCUCAGACUGUGCCUUCUUUCAGGAAUGUCAAAAAAAGCUGGAGCACAAACUGGGUCUGGAUUCCUACCUGUUGAAACCAGUCCAACGCCUCACCAAAUACCAGCUGCUGCUCAAGGAGCUGCUAAAAUACAGUACAGAUUGUGAGGGGACUUCUGAACUACAGGGAGCACUAACAGCCAUGCUGGACCUGCUCAAAUCAGUCAAUGACUCCAUGCAUCAGAUAGCCAUCACAGGAUAUGAGGGUGACAUUUGCGAGCUGGGCCGCGUGUUGAUGCAGGGCUCGUUCAGCGUGUGGAUCAGCCAUAAGAAAGGUCCCACACGCAUGAAGGAGCUUGCUCGCUUCAAGCCGAUGCAGAGACACCUCUUCUUGUACGAGAGAGCUCUGCUCCUCUGCAAGCGGAGGGAGGAGCACGGAGACGGCUGCGACAAGACCCCCUCCUACAGCUUCAAGCACUAUCUGAAGAUGACUGCUGUGGGGAUCACAGAGAACGUCAAGGGAGAUGUGAAAAAGUUUGAGAUCUGGUACAGUGGCAGGGAGGAAGUGUAUGUGGUUCAGGCUCCUACGCUGGAAGUGAAGACAGCUUGGCUCAAUGAGCUGCGUAGAAUCCUAACUAACCAGCAGAAGAUGCUCAGAGAUGAAGCAUAUCAUCAUGGCCAAAUGGUUGAACACAUGCAGCUCUCUCCGCCACUCUCUGAGAGCAAGCAGCAGAGGGCGUCAGUGAGCUCAGAGGACACUGAGUCGGGGAAGAGCAGUCCAGACCCCCAGCCUCACUCCCCUAAACACCAGCACAACCGCAGGAGUUGGCCCGGAGCUCAUCACUCAGUAGACAUCUGCGAGGGUCUGGAGGAGUGGCCUGGAGGUCGGGACGCUUUCCACCCGUCUGACACGGAGGAGGAAGUGUUGGUGCAACUGUCUCCAGGGAGAUACAGGGCUUUGGCUGAUUGCCUUCAAAAUGGACCAGACAGCAUCACCAUCAAAUGUGGAGACGUCAUCCAACUGCAAUGUGAAGACAACAGGGGACGCUGGCUGGUGAAAAAUCUGAGUCGGCGACAAGAGGGCUUCAUAGCGGCUGCCAGCCUGCAGCUGAUUAUAGGUGACAGCAACCGAGGACACUCCUCCAGACUAGGGGGUAAAGAAAAGACAUGGACUUCCAAGAUGACAAUAUAUACUGUAAUGGUGAGCUGUAGAGUUUCUUGACUUUGAUUUUCUUUUUUAAAGUCUCUGUAUUUUCUUGUAGACCCAGGGAACCUGAAGGCGAGAAAGCUCAGCUCCCCGUAGAGAAGAAAGCACAGAAUGUGAAUCUAAUAUUUACCUGUGGAUGAUGAACAGACAGAAGGAACAGAUUGAGCCAUAGCUGUCUCAUAACUGAUGCACCAUCAGCCACCCACACUCCUCACUCCCUGGUGCCGUUUGCUUUCUUCAGCACAGUUCAGUCAUUAAAAAGAAAGGAAAAAAAGGUGGGAAUAUACAGACCUGAUUUUCUCCCAGGCUUUGUUUGACAAUCUCCUGGGCCAGUGUUUUCUGAUAGUGAGGGUGUGCGGUGGCACCAGCGCAAAGGCACAGGAACUGUUAAGCCCUCUUGGACAAUCAAUAGCCGAUCCCUGGAUCCUGAUUGGUCUUCCUCUUUUCUUACUAGUGAUGAGUAUCUUGUCCUUCUGGCACUCCAUCUGCAACACACAUACAGUCAAGGAUGUGAGGUUUCACAAACUGUGGACUCUGUGAAACAUUUUUCAACCCAUCUUCAUUCCAGCUAAAACUUGAGAUUACAGUGUCUCAGAUUGAGAGUGCGUGCGUGUUCCUGUGUCUCUCAGUGGGUGCUGGAUGGCUGCUUACCCAGGAUUUGCCUGAAAACAUUUCUUAAAGCAGAGACUUUUGUACAUACAGUGUCAUUUUUAACAUUUAUUGUACCUCAAUGUUUCAUCUUUGUGUGGUUAGUUGACAUUUUCCAUUGAACUACUUCACUGUAUUUUUCUUACAUUUCAUUCCUUAAGGCAAAAUUCUUCUUUACAGUCUAGGAAGUUAAAAUGCCAAAAUGUGCCAUGCCAUAAUGCCUUUUUUUAUUCCUGCUCUUUUGGAGUCUCUUGUAUGUACUGUUUGCAAAAUCAAAUACUCUUCUCGCUUUAACCAGACCUCACAAAUAUCCAACAGGCACUUUAAUAAGGUGGAAGGACAAUAAGAGACAAAAAAAAAAGCCACCUUCUGUCUACUGAAUGUGUUUUUUGCUUGCCGCUUUACCUCUCUUAGUGUGUAUUUCCCCUUAUUCAUGCUGUUAUUUCCUUUAUUUAUUCUUGAAAGUAUGAUACGUCUGAGAGGCUGGGGAGACAUACCCCCCGCAUGCAGGCAGCACUUGACGUGUCAGUGAUGGUAAUGUAAGACACAGGCAGACAUGAUGAAGACUGAUGGCGACGUAGUCCUUGGAGUGUGCCGUAAACAAAUCUGAGGCGCGUGCCACAGAGCACCAAACUCUGUCAUUCUCCUCAGGAUCUUCUGGGAGCCCCAUCUGUCAGUCAUAGCGUAGAGAGGGGAGAGCAAGGCAGAUUAAGAGAAACAGAGGGAGAGUGAGAGAGAUUAUGCUCUGUGUGCCGCUCCAUCACUGAGGCAGAUUGUUUCCUCCUCACCAUUACAGCUCAGUUAAUCUCGGGUUCCGCAUUAAAAGGGAUCAUACAGCCAACAUGAAAUAUACCCUCUGUGUCGAACGCUUAAUUAAAUAUUGAUUGCAGACUUAUAUGAAUUUACCACAUCAAAUCGAGGCCCCAGUCGGAGGGCUGCCUUUGAUACGCUGUGUUUGAUAUGGAAAUGAGUCUGGAAAGCAGCAGGGGCCGCUUCGCACUACACAUUUCCUAUGUUGUUAAUUUAUUUAUUUUGCUGUCAUGUUGUUCCUUCAUAUUGUGAGGUAUCUGUGCGGCCCCGGAUGAAAUUACAUCUCCAUAUAUUUACAGGAGCUAUGCUUGACUGCACAAAAAACACUCCCUUUUAUUUUUGCCUUCUAGCUUAUAUGACAAAAUUUGAUGUUUUCUUUAACUUCAAUCCAAAAUGCUGCAGAUUUUGCACAUAUUUUCCAGGCUGGAAAACAAACAAACAAAAAAACCUGCUUGAAAUAUUAUGUAUCCUGAUGAGCCAAGUAGCCUAAACUUGUUGCUGAAUGUUUCUUUAAGAUGAAAAUGCAUGGCAAAUGAACAAUGAGCAGGUUUGUAUUGUUAGACAGUCACUGUUCUAACUGCUUCUUUUUGUAAAGCUUCAGUUCUGUAUUAAAUAAUCAAAUAAAAAUAAACUAUUUAUUGCAAUAUCUGUUUUGUUUUUGUAACAGAAAUAAUUCAGUACUUGUCCAUUUUAUCAUGUUGACAUGUUUGGCUGAAAGCUAAGGCUACUCUUUGUCAUACACCCUGAUUUAAUCCAUUAUUUCUGUGUUUUUGUUUUAAUGGGAGCCAACUUCUACAAUAAAAAUGCAGACUUUUCUCUUUUUGUGAA